AUGUCUCAUUCAAAACAGAACUUGACGUAUUACAACCCAGGGCUCUUCCUUUUGAUGGGGAUCCCAGGCUUGGAGCAAUUCCAUGUGUGGAUUGGCAUUCCCUUCUGUGGGAUCUAUGUCAUCGCUGUGAUGGGAAACUGUAUCCUUCUCUACCUCAUCGCAAUGGAACGGAGCCUUCACGAACCCAUGUUUUUCUUCCUGUCCAUGCUGGCAAUGACCGAUCUCAUCUUGUCCACAGCUGGUGUGCCUAAAACACUCAGCAUCUUCUGGAUGGGGGCUCGGGAAAUCACAUUCCCAGGCUGCCUCACGCAAAUGUUCUUCCUCCACUAUAGCUUUGUCCUGGACUCGGCCAUUCUGAUGGCCAUGGCAUUUGAUUGCUAUGUGGCCAUCUGCUCACCCUUGAGAUAUGCAACCAUCUUGACCCCUAAGACUAUUAUCAAGAUUGCCGUGGGCAUCUCCUUUCGAAGCUUCUGCAUCAUCUUACCUGAUGUCUUCUUGUUGACACGCUUACCUUUCUGUAGGACACACAUCAUACCUCACACGUAUUGUGAGCACAUAGGUGUUGCCCGGCUGGCAUGUGCAGAUAUCUCUAUCAACAUUUGGUAUGGAUUCUGUGUCCCCAUCAUGACAGUCAUCUCAGAUGUGGUCCUCAUAGCCGUCUCCUACACCUUCAUCCUAUGUGCCGUUUUUCGCCUUCCCUCUCGAGAUGCUCGGCAGAAAGCCCUGGGCACCUGUGGCUCCCAUGUCUGUGUCAUCCUCAUGUUUUACACACCUGCCUUUUUCUCUAUCCUCGCUCAUCGUUUCGGACACAACGUCUCCCUCACAUUCCACAUCAUGUUCGCCAAUCUCUACAUUGUUAUUCCACCAGCAAUGAACCCUAUUGUCUAUGGAGUGAAAACCAAGCAGAUCAGAGAUAAGGUCAUUCUUUUGUUUUCUGCCAAGAGCACAGAAGGUUGA